AUGUGCAAUCACUUCGUUUUGUUCAAAGUCCAACUGUCGACAAAUAUUGUGGCGGCAUAUAAAUCAAUUAAUUUAAAUAUGGCAGCCGAAGUAGGAGCAGCACCAGCAAUGGCUCAACUGCAGUCUGUACAGAAAGCCAUGGCCUUGCCAACUGUCGGAGCUGCAGUUGGCCAAGUUAGUGCUUUCUAUACCAAAGUUAAAGGCGCCCACUCCCUGCUGGAGUGGGCUCUGUCCACGGCCGAGGCGAGCGUAUCCCUCGCGGCGGCGACGGCUGCCCCCUUCGUGGCGUCCCCUCUGGCGGCCGGUGACGCCAAGAUGGCGGCCGCGAUCGACGAGCUCGGCCGCCGGGUGCCCCUCGUGAACGAGCAGCCCAAGGUCAUAGUGGAGACCACCAAGCAGGCGGUGCUGUCCAGGCUGUCGCCGCACGUCAACAAGGUGUUCGUGGCGCGCGCGGCGGCCGAGCAGCGCGUCCAGUCGCUGAAGGAGCUCUCGUGGGCGAAGGCGAACGCGCUGCUGUCAACCGCUUACGGCCAGAAGGCGCUCCACGGCGUCGACAUGGGCGCCACCUACGCGAUGAAGCUGCUCGACCAGUACCUGCCGCCGGUGGAGCCCCAGGAGCCGAUCGGCGAGGUGGUGGCUGCGACGAGCGAUCCGGCUCUUCACACGGUCCAGACGGUGGGGCGGCUGAGUGCUGUGGCUGCCCGCCGCGUCUGGGCCAAUCUCGCGAAUAAGGUCAACGAGCUCAGGAAAUCUGGUAUCGAGUUGGACGUGAGGCGCUACAUCACAGCGCUCCUUGCGGCCGUCCACUUGGCGAAGGUCACCAGCGAGCAGCAGGAACGGGAGACGAGCAGCGAGGAGUCGAGGAAACCAAAGCCAGCCGAACCGGCUGCGAACGGCGAGCGAGCCCUUUCUGCCACGCCCCAGUCAUCCCCCAAGACCGCCAGCAAAGUGAAAUCCACCCCCGAGGGCAAAUCCAACAAGCCCGAGAACUCAAAU